UUUUUUCAACUAAUUUAUAAUUUACUGCCGUUUUCAAAUCUGAAUUUAAUUCCUAUACUUCUUGAUGAUGGAAUUGAAAGAUCAAAAACUUAGAAGUCGAAAAUCUGUCUUUCGCAUGGAGUUCCGGCGUCGAGAUUACAGUGCCGAAGAGCAAGGCCACGUGCUUCGUCGCUCACGCACCGAUCACCAUCCUCUUUUACCUCCAUCGCCGUCUUUCCACAACCAGGUGGUCGUUGAAAAGAAUGGAAAUAACGAUUUCUUUGACCCGCUAAGAGGACUAGACGCUGAGGAUUCAACUAGUGCUGAAGAAAAAGCUGCUAAUACUACUACUAAUAAUAAUAGUCAAGUUUCAUCCAAGGAGUGGACUUCUUUCAAGAGAUUCUUAAUGCAAAAAUUUCCAGUCUCGAAAAUGAUAUCAAUUGCUUCUAUGCCUGAUGUGAUCAUUAAAAGUAGCACAUCAUUCCGGAAAUCUUCGGAAAGUAGUCAUUUAGAGGAAGUGGAUGAUCCACAAAGGAUUUCCCAAGAAGAUGUGAAGGUCAUUACUGGACAGGAGUAUGUCUCACGAUUACACGAGCUCAAAGAUGAAAUCAACCGUGCUUGGCAUGCUGAAGAUCGUGUAACAGCUUUGAAGUUAACUAUAAAGGUUGCUAAGCUUUUGAUGGAUACAUCGGUUCUACAGUUUUAUCCUACAUUAUUUGUACUUGCUACAGAUGUAUUGGACAUGCUUGGAGAUAUGGUAUGGAAACGCAUCCAGCAGAAAGCUGAAUUUUCAGAAGAUGGAACCUUUCUGUGCUCUUUACCAGAGAAUUUUAAAGCAAGUGAUAUUUGCUCUGAUGCAAAAGAAACUUGCAAUAACUGGUUUUGCAAAGUUGGUUCAAUUCGAGAGCUACUUCCACGCAUUUAUUUGGAAUUGGCUAUAUUUCCUUGCUGGCGUUUUCUGAUUGACCAACCUCUAGAUAGUCUCCAGCGCCUCGUUAUGAUGGCAAGAGGGGUAGUUGAUCCCUUAGCAUCUGCCUACUGCCGUUUGUACAUGGCCCACUGUGCAAGGAAGUUGCCUUUGUCUGAUAUAGCAGGGCACCUGGUCACCUGUGUUAAUGACACCAAAAUUCUAUUGAUGCGUCAUUUAUCAGCAAAGGAGGAUGGACAUUUUGCUGACAAGAAAAGGUUGCUUGUUAGUCUGAUGGAACCAACUAUUGAAUAUAUUAUGAAAUGCAUAUUUGAGAAUACUUCUCAGUCUCAGAGACAAGUAGAUUCUGUACUUCUGGAGUUAGGAUUGGGAAGGAAUCAAGAAGAUUUAUGUGGGAGUUCCCCUUGUAUCUCAUUUGUUCUUCACCAUCUACUGAAAGAACUUCCAACUGAAGUAAUUAGGUCCAAUUUUGUGGGUAUCCUUCAUCUGAUUGAGUGCAGCCAAGAUCAUUAUUUCGAUCAGUGCUUGAAUUACAGGUUACUUGGAUUCAGGCUCAGUGAAAGUAGAUCCAAACUGGACAUUGUCUACUCAGUAGUGGAUAAAGUUAUUCAGGCAGUUGCUCAAUAUGAUAGACUUGAUCAGUAUGUGAUGGUUGUGGAUGCUUAUAUGGACAUUGUUCUUCAAAAUCAGAUGGAUAAUCAUUUGAAAACCAUUUUAGAGGGUAUUUCAAAGCGAGCAUGCCAUAAAGAAAUACAUGAAGAUGAGCUUGAAAGCUUGAAGUCGAUUUUGAUGAAGCUUCUUUCUCAUUUCACAGACUUGCACGAUGUACUUGCUUUGGACCAUUUUCUUGAAAUCUUAGAUGUAAUGUAUGGGAACCCUAGGAGUAACAUCAAUAUGCAUAUCCUUAGUAUGGCGACAAGGACCGGUUAUUUGCAUAAUCUGUCAACCAUACAGUUGCUUUUUGAAAUUUCUCAGUCUCUACAUGAUGUUAUAGAUUUUGGAAGUAUGAAAGAUGAUGAAUACCAACAGCCACUACGGCUGAUUUCUCGUUUUGUUGAGAUGGUUGACUAUGGGACAGAGAUGGAACGACAUCUAACGUUUUUAGUUGAAUGCCGUGGAGCUUUCAGUAUCAUAAAUGAACUCAAGGAGACUCUAGUCCAUUCAAGCAAUUGUUUGGCUAUCAAAGCUUUGAAAGAUGGAAGAAAGCACCUCAAUUUUGUCAAAUCUUGCAUAGCAUUUAGUGAGGUCACAAUACCUUCUGUUUUAGAGCAUGUUGUGCAGUUUAAUCUUUAUAUUGAGACCGCUGAGGUUGCUUUAUUAGGUGGUUUAGUUUCUCAUUCAGAUGGCCUGGUGGUUUCUGCAAUAAGCUGCCUAGAAUGUUUUGACUUGACAGAUGGCUCCAGAACAUCAAUUGAUGCUGGUGGAAUGCUCUCAUCCAUUCAAAAAUUAUGUAGCCUCUUGGUUAUGUUUCCAGGUAAUCCUGACCAAGGCAUCACAAGAUUUCCAAAUAGCAUUCUCUCUCUCAUUUAUUCCAAGUCAUGGAUGACUCCAAGAAUGAAGAUAAGGUUAUUUUGUGGGAUAAUUUUGUUGUUGGCAACACUUUCUCAGGAUAAGCUCCCAUACUAUCCAUAUUGUGCGGAGAUUAUGGGCAAUGACCUGUUAUUCUUUGGUGAUCCAUCCUACGUACAUGAAAUUGCUGCAUUGUCUGAGUGUGUUCUUCAGAAUCUCAUUAGUUUCAUUGAACAAGAGCCACCAAAGGCUGCUCGUGGAACCAUGGCACUCGAAGCUUGCAACUGCAUCGCAUCAUCUUUUGUGGUAUGUCAGGAUAUAUUAGAAGUUUGCUUGAAGCUGAUUGAAACUGCUAGGUUGUGCCUCAGUGCUGAUGACAGGUACUUGCAGUCCACUAUCAAAUAUUUAAACGAGCAGCUGCCUCCAUCCUGUAGCAAUCUGAUAUUUGCACAACACUAUGAUCUAUCAAAAUGUUAAAUGGUUGAUUUUGGAAAUGUACAUUUAUAUUCCCUGAGCGGUUAUUCAUUUAAGAAAAAAGAAAGAAAGAAAACAACGGGAAGUUAAGAGCC